CCGUGUGCAUCUUCUGCCGGCGGUGCGGCGUUGUGCGCUAGCUAUGGCUGCUCGUCGAGCUCUGCACUUUGUAUUCAAGGUGGGAAACCGCUUCCGGACGGCGCAUUUCUAUCGUGAUGUCCUGGGGAUGAAGGUUCUGCGGCAUGAGGAAUUUGAAGAAGGCUGCAAAGCUGCCUGUAAUGGGCCUUAUGAUGGGAAAUGGAGUAAAACAAUGGUGGGAUUUGGCCGUGAGGAUGACCAUUUUGUUGCAGAACUGACUUACAACUAUGGCAUUGGAGAUUACAAGCUUGGAAAUGACUUCAUGGGUAUCACACUCGCCUCGAGCCAGGCGGUCAGCAAUGCCAGGAGACUGGAGUGGCCACUCACUGAGGUUGCAGAAGGUGUCUUUGAAACUGAGGCCCCAGGAGGAUAUAAGUUCUUUUUGCAGAACUGCAGUCCACCUCAGUCAGAUCCUGUGUUAAAAGUAACUCUAGCAGUGUCUGAUCUUCAGAAGUCCUUGAACUACUGGUCUAAUCUGCUGGGAAUGAAUAUUUAUGAAAAAGAUGAAGAGAAGCAAAGGGCUUUGUUGGGCUAUGCUGAUAACCAGUGUAAGCUGGAGCUGCAGGGCAUCGAGGGCACAGUUGACCAUGCAGCAGCUUUUGGAAGGAUUGCCUUUUCUUGCCCUCAAAAAGAGUUGCCAGACUUAGAAGACUUGAUGAAAAGGGAAAAGCAGAAGAUUCUGACUCCCCUGGUGAGUCUGGAUACUCCAGGAAAAGCAACUGUACAAGUGGUCAUUCUGGCUGACCCAGAUGGACAUGAAAUUUGCUUUGUGGGGGAUGAAGCAUUUCGAGAACUUUCUAAGGUGGAUCCAGAGGGAAACAAACUGUUGGAUGAUGCAAUGACAGCAGAUAAAAGUGAUGAAUGGUUUGCUAAACAAAAUAAACCAAAAGCUUCAGGUUAACAGAAGACAUCAUAUGGAACAAGCAUUUGUGACUUCUCCCUAGCAUCUGGGAGGCCUGAUACGUCCGUUUCUGAUAAAAGCUCUCACAACUUGGUUGUAUCCUGUACAGGCAAGGAUGCUGGGUGAUGAAGAUUUAUGUGUUUUAGUCCUUGAAAGCUAUGAUAUAUUUUAGAGAUAAAAAUCCUAUUAUUAUCAGUCUAGUGCAAAGGUUGUGUCCCGUAUAGCUGACCCAGGCUGGAAAAUAAUAUAUUACUCAUCUAAUACAGUUACACACAGAAUGUGCUAUUCCAGUGCCAUUGCAGAUUAAAGCAAGGGCAAAAUCCAGUGCAGUGUGUAGCUAUUAGAUGAAUAAUACGUUGUUUUCCAGCCUGAGGCAGCUAUAUGGGUCAUUACCUUUGGCUGGGGAUGAAGGGAAUUUUGAUAGGUGUGUAGAUUUUAUGACAACUUUUCAAGUAAGUCCAAAUCAGUUGCUUAUAACCAGAGUACUUCAGCACCUAGUGAUCAUGUACUGUUCUCAUCUUACUCUGCAGGCUAUGACAUUAAAAUGAUAAAUUUUAAAGAAAUUUUGUUGAAUCAAAAGAUUUGGUUAACACCCCCACAUUCCUUUAAAAUUUUGAGUAGACAGAGAAAACAGGUGGGAGGAUCUAAUGUGUUCUGUUGCUACAUGCCUGGCUCUGUGCUAGUUUCUUUAAAUUUUUUUUAAUCCUCACAAUAAGAAAACAUGUUGAUCUCUGAAAAAUGGAUUAGAUGAUUUCUUCAGCCUGAACAACAAAAAAAAAGUUUUCUUGUUGUUUUCUGUUUUUUUCUAUAGUACAGAUUAUAUAAAUUACUGGAAAUAGAACUAUACUUGGCACAAUUAUGCUUAAAUGUGUUUUGAAAUUAUACUUCUGAAAUCAAGCUGUUACCCCAGCCUGUAAGACUGAUUAUUUAUAGUGGUGGCCAGGUUCAAAUUUUAGGAAAGAAAGGUUGGAAAGUACUGACUCAGAGAAUACCAUUUCCAGAAUAAUACAUAUGAAAUUUCUUGUAAAUCACAGCCUCUGCUCUUCUCCCUUCCUGGCAGGGUGGAGUAUGGAAACUUCAGAGUGGAUUUCAACUCAUCUUUUUAUAGGGUGAUCUUAACCUUCAGUGAGAGAAAAAAAUCCUUUUCCAGCUCCACAGCACUUUUCAUUCAAUUUAUCUUAGAGAAGCAAUCAUGAGUUUCAACAUUUUUCCUAUACAUGGGGAAGUUAUUAUAUGAAUUUUCAAUAACCAAAUGUCUGUUUCUUUAUGAUUUGUUAAUUCUAAGAUUUUCUAUUAGAUUAUUAAUUCUUUGUGUUUAUCUCUAGCAAUACUGUUAUUGGGAAAAGAAACUAUACUUUGCCCAGUGUAUUAGGCUGCUGUGAUGUGGCCUUCUAGGUUUGCUACAGUAAAAUAAGUGGUUUAUUAUGUAAAUACUAAAUGAUUAAACGCAUACUGGAUUCCUCUUUA